AUGUUUAGGUGUAUCAACCGAACAACGCAGUGUACAAGAUAUUUCCAAGCAUCUGGAAGCGGCCUCCAUCUCAACAAAGGAACUAAGCUGGUGUCAUCUUCUCCACUCAGAAUGAUUGACCCAGCUCUAAAGAGUGUGGUCGCCGACAUAAUUCGCUCUCCUGAAGACAAGAGAGUCUACAGAGGCCUGGAGUUCAAUAAUGGAUUGAAGGCCAUGCUAAUCAGUGACCCAACGACAGACAAAUCAUCCGCUGCUUUGGAUGUCCAUAUUGGUUCGUUAUCCGACCCAGCGAACAUUGCAGGACUAGCUCAUUUUUGUGAGCAUAUGCUUUUCCUGGGGACAAAGAAGUACCCCAAAGAGAAUGAAUACAGCCAGUUCUUGAGUGAGCAUGCUGGCAGCUCCAAUGCCUUCACCAGUGGAGAGCACACAAACUAUUACUUUGAUGUCUCUCAUGAGCACUUACAAGGGGCUUUGGAUAGAUUUGCGCAGUUCUUCCUCUGCCCACUAUUUGACGAGAGCUGCAAGGACCGCGAGGUGAACGCCGUUGACUCUGAGCAUGACAAGAACCUGAUGAAUGAUGCUUGGAGGCUCUUUCAGCUUGAGAAGGCAACUGGCAACCCAAAGCACCCCUUCAGUAAAUUUGGAACAGGCAACAAGUUGACCCUCGAGACGAGGCCAUCUAAGGACGGAAUUAAUGUGCGCCAGGAACUCCUUCAGUUCCACUCUACAUAUUAUUCCUCUAAUCUCAUGGGCCUCUGUGUUUUGGGAAGAGAAUCCUUAGAUGAGCUGACUUCUAUGGUGGUCAAAUUAUUUGGAGAAGUAGAGAACAAGAAUGUGCCUAUCCCGGAAUUUCCUGAUCACCCCUUUCAGGAUGAUCAUCUGAAGCAAUUCUACAAAGUGGUGCCCAUAAAAGACAUAAGGAAUCUGUAUGUGACGUUCCCCAUCCCAGACUUGCAGAAAUACUAUAAAUCAAACCCAGGACAUUAUCUGGGACAUCUUAUCGGUCAUGAAGGACCUGGAAGUUUGUUAUCGGAAUUGAAAUGUAAAGGCUGGGUAAAUACACUUGUUGGAGGUCAAAAAGAAGGGGCCAAAGGAUUCAUGUUCUUCAUUAUCAAUGUGGACUUGACGGAAGAAGGCCUUGUGCAUGUCGAGGACAUUAUCUUCCACAUGUUCCAAUAUAUCCAGAAACUGCGCACUGAAGGACCUCAGGAGUGGGUGUUUCAGGAAUGCAAGGAUUUAAACAAGGUAGCCUUCCGGUUCAAAGACAAGGAGCGACCUCGUGGCUAUACCUCCAAAGUAUCUGGUUUACUGCACUAUUAUCCACUAAAUGAGGUUCUAGCAGCAGAGUACCUUUUGGAAGACUUCAGGCCAGACUUGAUUGAGAUGGUGCUGGAUAAACUGAGACCAGAAUAUGUCAGGGUUGUUUUAGUCUCAAAGUCAUUUGAUGGUCAAACAGACAAGACAGAAGAAUGGUAUGGGACGCAGUACAAACAGGAGGCGAUAUCCGACGAGACUAUCGAGAAAUGGGCCAGUGCGGACCUCAACGGAAAGUUCAAGUUACCAAUGAAAAAUGAGUUCAUCCCUACAAACUUUGAAAUUUACCCUCUUGAGAAAGACUCUCCUGCUGUCCCUGUUUUAAUCAAGGACACGGCAAUGAGCAAGGUGUGGUUCAAGCAGGAUGACAAAUUUUUCCUCCCUAAAGCGUGUCUGAACUUUGAGUUCUUCAGCCCGUUUGCAUAUGUGGACCCAUUACAUUGUAACAUGGCUUACUUAUACUUGGAGCUCCUAAAGGACUCCCUCAACGAGUAUGCAUAUGCAGCCGAGCUAGCCGGUUUGAACUAUGACCUUCAAAAUACCGUCUAUGGGAUGUAUCUCUCUGUUAAAGGUUACAAUGACAAGCAGGACAUCCUAUUGAAGAAGAUCAUUGAGAAGAUGGCCACAUUUGAGAUCGAUGAGAAGCGUUUUGACAUCAUCAAGGAAGCGUAUAUGAGGUCUUUGAAUAACUUCAGAGCAGAGCAGCCACACCAGCACGCCAUGUAUUACCUCCGUCUACUCAUGACUGAAGUUGCUUGGACUAAAGAUGAGCUCAGAGAGGCUUUAGAGGAUGUAACUCUCCCGCGCCUCAAGGCGUUCAUACCGCAGCUGUUGUCACGGUUACAUAUUGAAGCCCUUCUCCAUGGCAACAUCACCAAGGAGUCUGCCCUCAGCAUGAUACAAAUGGUGGAAGACACUCUCAUUGAGCACGCACGCACGAAACCUCUCCUACCAAGCCAAUUGAUCCGCUACAGAGAGGUGCAGGUUCCAGACGGUGGCUGGUAUGUUUAUCAACAGCGCAAUGAGGUGCAUAAUAAUUGCGGCAUUGAGAUUUACUACCAGACUGAUAUGCAAACCACCCACGAGAACAUGCUGCUGGAGCUCUUCUGUCAGAUCAUCUCCGAGCCGUGCUUCAACACGUUGAGAACUAAAGAACAGCUGGGUUAUAUUGUGUUCAGCGGGCCGAGGAGGGCCAACGGGGUCCAAGGCCUCCGCUUCAUUAUCCAGUCAGAAAAGGCGCCGCACUACCUGGAGAGCCGCAUCGAGGCCUUCCUUUGCACCAUGGAGAGAUCAGUGGAGGAGAUGACUGACGAAGCCUUCCAGAAGCACAUCCAAGCCUUGGCCAUCCGCCGCCUGGACAAGCCCAAAAAGCUGUCUGCGGAGUGCGCCAAGUACUGGGGAGAGAUCAUCUCCCAGCAGUACAAUUUUGAUCGAGAUAACGUAGAGGUAGCCCACCUGAAGACCUUGACGAAAGAAGACAUUAUGCAAUUCUACCGUGAGCGCCUGACCCUUGAUGCCCCGAAAAGACACAAGAUGUCAGUGCACGUGCUGUCCAGAGAGAUGGACACCUGUCCCCUCGUUGGAGAAUUUCCUGCGCAGAAUGAUGUCAACUUGGCACCUGCACCCUCUCUGCCACAGCCGUCGGUAGUCCGAGACAUGACUGAGUUCAAGAGGAGCCUGCCUCUCUUCCCCCUGGUACGAUCUCACGUCAACUUCAUGGCAGCCAAACUGUGA